GUGUGUGAGUGAGAGAGAGAGAGAGAGAGAGAGAGAGAGAGAGAUGAAGGGCGGCGCUUCAUAAUCCCUGUAGAAAAGCUAAACACGCAGUGAUCCGGGGGACAGAAUCACAUCCAAACACCGGAGACACGGAGGACGGACAGAAACACUAAAGACAUGAUCAAUGAAAACAUGAUCCCACAAAGAGAGUUUCCACUGCCAGAUUAAACCGCUUCGCAGCGUUCAGCUCCAACGUUGAAUUUCUGUCGAGUCAAAUCAUUCAGAGCUCGAGUUCAUGGCGUUUCUAGUCAAGAAGAAGAAGUUUAAGUUUCAGACUCAUGUCACUCUGGAGGAGCUGACAGCAGUGCCGUUUGUCAAUGGGGUUUUGUUCUGUAAGAUCAGGCUGCUGGAUGGAGGAGACUUCACUGCGGCAUCAUCCAGAGAAGAAGUCCACGAGAACGCCGUUCGCUGGAGGAAGAGGUUCUCCUUUGUAUGCAAAAUGAGCGCCAACCCCAACACGGGCGUUCUGGACCCCUGUGUGUGUCGCGUCUCUGUGAGGAAGGAACUCAAAGGAGGAAAAGCAUAUUCAAAGCUGGGCUUUGCUGAUCUGAACAUGGCGGAGUUUGCUGGUUCAGGCUCCACUGCGCGCUGCUGUCUGCUGGAGGGAUACGACACCAAGAACACCCGCCAGGACAACUCCAUCCUGAAGGUGACCAUUGGAAUGACUCUCUUAUCUGGAGAUCCGUGUUUUAAAACUCCACCAAGCACAGCCAAAUGUAUAUCUGUGGCCGGUCAGGACCCUUCCCUGCAGCUGGACUGUAAAGGAGAAGGAACAGCUGAAGUUUUGCCUCGACUGACUAAACAGAGACCAUCGAUACUCGGCUCUGGUAAAAGUCACAUCAUUAAAGCUCUUUCCGAGGAGGUGGAUCAGUAUCAGAGUCCCGAUGAAUCGUUUCACACGGGCCAUUCACGCAACUCAAGUUAUGCCAGUCAGCAAAGCAAACUCUCAGGCUACAGCACUGAACACUCGUGCUCCUCCAGUCUGUCAGAUUUGACUCAUCGCAGAAACACAUCUACAGGCAGCAGCGUGAGCACAGACGUCCCUUCUGAGAGCGACACCCGCCCCGACCGGCCUCUACGACCUCCGCGGCCCAUCUUACCCUCCAACAGACCUCCACGGAGGAAACAAGAUUCGGUGGAGGAUCAGCCGACCUGGGUCAACGACACGCGCAUAGACGCAGAUGACAUCGUGGAGAAGAUCGUCCAGAGCCAGAACUUCUCUGACAUCAGUAACAUGGAAGAUAGUAACCUGAGGCUGUUUGUGAGCAGAGACGGAACGACAGCUCUGAGCGGGAUCCAGCUGGGAAACAGGGUCUCUGCUGGGGUGUUUGAGCCGGUCGUCAUUGAAAGCCAUUAGAUUUAUUCCCAGUGUGUGUCUUGUUUUGUCACUGGAACAAUCACACAAACUCUGAUCUAUUCAAAUCACCUCCUGAAUUUUCACUAGUCUAAAUAAGUCCAAGCAAAUGUUUAAGUGCCAAACCACUGCAGAUGCCUGAAUCAAACCACUGCACAACAGAAGAACAUUCUGGACACAUUACAAGUUUUUCCACCACCUGUUGUGACACAAGUAUGUUGUCUACUUACAGCCGCAUAUAUGUGUGAUUUGUCUGGUCUGUUUCUUUGUCUACCGAAUGAGGUUUCUGUGGAAGCUUGUUUCCGCCAUGAAAGAAGAAAUAAAAAAGGUAAUUGCUACUUUAUAUCUCACAAUUAUGACUUUUUUCUCAGAAUUGUGAGUUUAUAUCUCAAAAACAUCAGUCUUUUCCCCCUAUAAUUGGACUUUAUAACAUGCAAUUGCAAGUUUAUAACUCACAAUUUUGAGAAAAAAAGUCACAAUUGUGAUAUAAACUUGCAAUUGCAUGUUAUAAAGUUAGAAUUGCGUGAUUAAAAACUCAAAAUUUUGAGAAAAAAAGUCACAAUUCUGAGGAAAAAGGUCAGAAUUGUGAGAUAAGUCACAAUUACCUUUUUUAUUUUUUUAUUUAGUGGCGGAAACAAGCUUCCAUAAGUUUCACAUCUGUAAGUGCACAUGUAUUUUUUCCGAACACUAAGUUUUGUCAUUGACGGGCUCUUCAGGGGCUGUAAUGUGUGACGUGAGUUUUUCCUGGAGCAUCAGCUGGUCUGAAUGCUGUGAAAGGACCAGAGAUGCGCUCUGACCCACUGGACGUCUCGUCUCUUGUGUUGUUUUUCUGUGUUGCUGUGCAACACUAAACUCCCUCCCUACAGAUUCUAGUGUUAUACAAACCAGUUUAAUGCACUUUACAGGACAAUCUCACGAAAACACGUCCAGCUCAUACAGUGCCUCAAAAUCAAAAGGACAAGAAAGUGUAUUUUCCACAAAGAAAAUGACACUUAUUUUAGGACCAUUAAGAUUUUUUUUGAUUGUAACAUCAAUGAUAAUUGAGCAUUUUUGUAAUUCCCAUUAUUCUUUAUUACCUUCUCAAUACUUUACUGUAGUAUUUUUUUUUAACCUGUUUUUCAUUGUAUUGCAAUAUUUUUUUUUAAAUUAUCAUAAAGAAUAAAGUCACAAAUCUUAAUGGAACUAAUAGUACACUCUAAAAAUGCUGGGUUAAAAACAACCCAAGUUGGGUUGAAAAUGGACAAACCCUGCAGCGAUUGGGUUGUUUUAACUCAACGGUUGGGUUAAAUGUUUGUCAAAUGUACUGGGCAGUUUUAUUUAAUUUAACUAUUAAUUAAAAAUGACUAUAUGGCUGGCUUAAAAUGAACCAAAAAUAGGUUGGAAAUUAAAAAUCAGACACAUAGAGGCAUCAAUAAUGAGUGAAUAAUAAAGUGAACAUUUAUUAAUAAGCAAUUUAAUAAAUGUUUAUUGUUUAAUCAUUAUUUAUUAAGCUUAUUAAUAAAUGUUCAUUUCCAGCAUACUUUGGGUUCAUUUUAAGCAAGCAAUACAGCAAUUUUUAAACAAUAGUUGAGUUAAAUAAAACUACCCAGCAGGUUGGGCAGACUGGGUUUGUUCAUUUUCAACCCAACUUGGGUUGUUUUUAACCCAGCAUUUUUUAGAGUGUAGUCUUUCUGAUUUUGAUUUUGGGAUGAAAUAUGACUUGGACGUUUCUUGAGAGAUUUCAUGAGAUUCACUCUUACGCCCAAACUUGUGGGGCCAAACUGCACACAACUAAAUACAAAACACAUAAUAUUUCUAAAUACACUGCAAGAAUUGACUUUCAUACCCAGUAUUGUGGUCUUGUUUUCCAGCACAAACAUCUACAGAUUCUUAAAUCAAGAUACGUUUACUGGAGAAGCAAAGUGACU